AUGCCCGACCACCUGGAUUGCCUGAAUCCCCUGCCACUAUGUCUUGUCACUUUCUUCUGUCCUUGCGUCACCUGCGGAAAGACAUGGCAUCGUCUUCAUUACAACGGCGAUAUGAGUGGGUAUGAGAUUGUCAAUGUACCGUGCAUAGCCUACGGCUACUCGGUCUUCUGCUGCACCCCAAUCGCCCACCAAUUCCUCGUCUGUAUCCCAAACGCAUGGCAAACAUUUCGCAUUCGCAGAAUGGGCGAUCUAGGUGGGACCUGUGCUGCAGAUUGUGCAAAGACCUGGUUGUGCCCUUGCUGCUCGUUAAUUCAAAAUGAGAAGGAAUCGAAGCUUCUGAUUGAAGGGCGCAGAACAGGGUUUUGGGGUGGCGAUGGCGCUGGGGCUGGUGCUGAGAGUGUUAUUGUACAGCAACCGACCGGGGGUCUGGGCGAGGAGAUGGUCAUGCCCUCGAGCGCGCAAGCUGAAGGUGUAACAUGUGCAGUGGUUGAACCUCCGGUGAUCAUGGAAGGCGUCGACGGGCAGCUGGCCGGAUCCGAGGCAGAUGCUGGAUUAGAGAAUACGGACGACACGACUAAAACACGACCACACACAGAUGGAAUCGCUGAUCCAAGCACUCUGUCUGACCCGAUCACGUCGGAAGGAACCCUCAACAACGAAACUUCUACUUCGCCUAUCAUGGUCUGCUCAGUAGCAACGACAACUAUGUUCGAGCCCCCCACGCCUCCCACCGAAUCGAUUACGACUUCCCAACACUUCGGAAUAGCACCUACUCAGGACAUUCUUUCUUACGCCCCUAGCCACUCAGAAAGAAGCAAGAAGAAAUGGAAUUCGGAUACGACAGGCCAGCGUGUCCGCCGUAAGAGUGAAAGAGUAGUUCCAAAUCAUUUGGAUUGCUUCGUGCCGUACAUGAAGUUUUUGGAGUAAGUUUGUCUACCUUGGCUCACCCAGAGACGCGAAUUGAAUGUGAAGAGAACGGAAGGGCUGAGUAGCGGGAAGAGAUAGAUGGUGGCAUUGUUCUUCUUCUUCUUAUUGUCCUAGGGUUCUUUUUUUUUGUGUGUGUUCCUGUUUCACGCGCCUCAC